AUGUUUGGUUACGGCGGCUACUGCUGCGUAGCCUGGUGUAGAAACAAUGGAAGAACGCGAAAGAAGCCAGGAACGAAGUUUUUUCGGAUUCCCCGGGACGACAGGUCGAAGGCCUGGCUCCAGUAUGCGAACAGGGACGACCUUCUGGGUAAACAAGCGACUGAGCUGUUCAUGAAGUAUCGCAUCUGUAGCGAUCACUUCUUAGCACGAGACUUCAUGGAUUCUGCAAAAACGAGGCUGACAAGAACGGCAGUGCCUUCUGUUCACUCCGAGGCGCAAAAACCUGUGUCUAAUCGACAAACUUUUCCAGGCCAUAAGGAGGCGACCACUUUUGGCGGCACACCCUCCACCAGCUGCCCCUUGGCGUCUUCAAUGGGUGCCCAUGACCACAUGGAGGCGACCACUCCUGGCAGCACACCCUCCACCAGCUGCCCCUUGGCUUCUUCAAUGGUUGCCCAUGACCACAUGGAGGCGACCACUCCUGGCAGCACACCUUCCACCAGCUGCCCCUUGGCUUCUUCAAUGGGCGCCCACGUCCACAUGGAGGCGACCACUCCUGGCAGCACACCCUCCACCAGCUGCCCCCUGGCGUCUUCAAUGGGUGCCCAUGACCCCAUGAAGGCGACCACUCCUAGCAACACGCCCUCCACCAGCUGCCCCUUGGCUUCUUCAACGGGUGCCCAUGGUAUGAGAGACCUUCAUUUCGAAACAUCAAGUAUCUAA